ACGAAGCAUUUUAAACGGUCGAUUCGAAUUCAGCGAUUGGAGCAAGUAAAUAGCAGCGGGGUUGUUGAAUUUUUUCCUUGUGUGGCCAGCAUAUUUAUUGUUUAUUGUACUUUUGUGAAAAUAUAUAUUUGAUUGCGAUGAAUACAUCUGCAGGCACCAACAGCACAUCGAGCCAUCAGCCGCGUAAAAUAUCUAAUCAAAAUAUUCAGGUGUAUGUGCGUGUUCGGCCAUUAAAUGCACGGGAACGUUGUAUUCGAUCGGCGGAAGUGAUAGAUACCAUUUCGCCACGUGAAAUAGUAACUCGGCAUACCAUUGAGUCGAAGCUGACAAAGAAAUUUACCUUCGAUCGUGUAUUUGGUACAGACUCGCGGCAGGCGGAUGUCUACAGUACGGUGGUGGCACCUCUCAUUGAGGAAGUGUUGUCCGGCUACAACUGCACCGUAUUUGCUUAUGGUCAAACGGGAACGGGCAAAACUCAUACCAUGGUGGGCACUGAAUGCGCAGAAUUAAAGUCAUCUUGGGAAGACGAUUCGGACAUCGGCAUUAUUCCACGGGCUUUGAGUCAUCUUUUCGAUGAGUUGCGUAUGCUGGAAAUGGAGUUUUCAAUGCGCAUUUCCUACUUGGAACUAUACAAUGAAGAGCUAUGUGACCUGCUCUCCUCAGACGACAGCGUAAAAAUACGCAUCUACGAUGAUAGUACAAAGAAAGGCUCUGUUAUCAUUCAAGGCUUGGAAGAGAUACCAGUUCAUAGCAAAGACGAUGUGUACAAGCUUCUCGAAAAGGGAAAAGAACGACGCAAAACAGCUACCACAUUAAUGAAUGCACAAUCUUCUCGAUCUCAUACUGUAUUUUCAAUCCUGGUGCAUAUUCGCGAAAAUGGCAUAGACGGUGAAGAAAUGUUGAAAAUAGGAAAACUAAAUUUGGUAGAUUUAGCGGGAAGUGAAAAUGUUAGCAAGGCUGGAAACGAAAAAGGCAUUCGAGCUAGGGAAACAGUAAAUAUAAACCAAAGUUUGUUGACAUUGGGACGUGUUAUAACUGCGUUGGUUGAACGAACACCGCAUAUACCAUACCGUGAAUCUAAAUUAACACGUCUUCUGCAGGAGUCAUUAGGUGGGCGAACCAAAACAUCAAUAAUUGCUACGAUCUCACCUGGUCAUAAAGACAUUGAAGAAACACUCAGUACUCUCGAAUAUGCAUAUCGCGCCAAAAAUAUACAAAACAAGCCAGAAGUUAAUCAGAAAUUAACAAAAAAAACUGUGCUAAAGGAAUAUACUGAAGAGAUAGAUAAACUGAAACGUGAUUUGAUAGCCGCACGAGACAAGAACGGUAUUUAUUUAGCCGAAGAGACCUACAACGAAAUGGCAUUGAAAAUGGAUUCACAAAACCGGGAGUUAAACGAGAAAAUGUUGCUUUUGAAAGCAUUGAAAGAUGAGCUGCAGAAUAAAGAACGAAUAUUUACAGAAGUCAGCUUAAAUUUAGUCGAAAAAACUGAGGAACUAAAACGCACAGAACAAAAUCUAACUCAGACACAAGGGGCGCUUCAGCAAACUAAAAGGAUACUUAAUUGUACUAAGAAACGUUAUAAAGAGAAGAAAGUCUUAUUACAAUCACACAUGAAAACAGAAGAAGUAUUAACGAAUCAGGCACUAACUAUUUUGGAUGUUGCUGACGUUGCCACGAAAGAUACUCAUCAGUUACAUAGUACAAUUGAACGCAGAAAAGACGUUGACGUAAAAAUUCAAACUGCUUGUGAGCAGUUUUCUGAACGUAUGCGUGACAACUUUGAUUUAAUGGAUAGUAAUUUAAGUAAUAUGAAGGAACAACAGGAGUCGUACACACAGGUGCUACUAGAGGAAUUCGCUAACACCGCAAAUGCCCAUAAGAAGUUAAUAAGCGAGAGUGAUAUUAAAAUCCAAAAAGUCAACGAAUUAUGCAAGGAAUCGCUGGCAUCCACGACCUCAAUCAUUAAAAACUGUUCCAAAAUAUUAGGUGACUCCAGUACAGAACACAAAUUUGUUUUAACUCAGAUGUUCAAGGAUUUGGAAGAAAAACAAAUCGAAUUGAUUAAGCAAAUGCAAAAUAAACUAGAAGAUUUAGUGAAAUUCAGUGUUCAGCAAAAAGAGAACACUGAAAAAAUGCGAAACACUGUUGUGGAAAGCCUCCAAGAAAAGUCGAGACAUCUUGAAGCCCAUACUUGUCAAAUGAGCGAGCAAAUUGCUGAAGUCAGACAAAUCUCAGAGAAAAGCGUGCAACAGUUGACAAACAUACACUUAGAGAUUGAGAAUGAGCGAUCCGCUGCAGCAGAAGAACGUGCUAUUAUGGACGAAAUUAUAGAAAAAAUGAACGCACUAAAAGAAAAGUCUUUUACGAACCGGCAAUCACGAGCUGACGCUAUCGCCAAGGUAACAGUAAAAUUGGAAGAACACACACAGUCCACUAUUGAUAAGUUGCAACAGAGUUCGACGGUUUUGCAAAGCUUUUGUGAAAAGAGUUGUGACGGCAAUGCUUCAACGCAGAAAGGUUUCGAACAGCAUAUCAACGUUGCUAUGGAGUGUAGUACUCAACAAGAAAACGUUCACAGCUCUCUCCAGGAACAACUCUGUACUUUGCAGAGAGAUGGCAGCAAUCGCGUAAAAGAGUUUUCAGCUACGGCUGCUACCCACUCCGAACACACUCGAAAAGUGCUUGACGAAUUUGAAGCUGAAGUAAAGCGAAACCGAUUGGAGAGCGAGCAGAGAGUCGAAGAUGCAACUCUUGCUGUAAAGCAGGGUCUUGCCGAGGAUUCUCAUCAACUGAAGCAGCAUGUGGUGGUCUCAAGCGGCUUGGCCAACUCUUUGCAACAAAGUGUACUGAAUUAUGCAGACACGUACAAAGAUCAAAUGCAAACAUGUGUAAACGAUGUUAAUAAUUUCAAGCAAAGUGAGCUCAAGACAUAUGCACCCACAGGUGCUACCCCAUCGAAACGCAACUUUGUGUAUCCUCGUUCUUUGGCUGCUACUUCGCCUCACCUGGAUAUUGUAAAACGGUUUCGCCAAGAAAACGAUUGGUCUGAUUUGGAUACAACAGCUCCCAUUGAUGAAGCUAGCGAAGACGAGCAAGAACUAAGGAACUCGGCACAAGAGAUAUCUAAUACUGAAGUCAUUUUAAACUCGACGCCUAUAGACUUAACAAACGUAGCAACACCACAGCAAGUUAAUGGCGCAUCCAAAAGGAUGAAUGUUCUACUAUCAAAUCAGUUGCGCAAUAGCAACUCAUUGUCGACCGGCCCUUCACCGCGCAAACGAUCUCCGACGCAUAAUUCGUCAGCGCCGGCUAUUAGAGCAAACAAGGAAAACAUAUCUUGAGCUUCAUCGCAUCUAUUACGUUCUUUUUCUUUUCUUGCACGUAUCCAUAGCUGUAUAUUUCAUUCAAAAGACAACGAUAUAUGUUUUGUUAAAGGUAUCUCUAACAGAAGAUUGGCAUAGAAGAAGAUAUUGAAAACAUAAGUAUUUCUUCCGAUUGAACUUCAAUAUUUCAAUACGUUUAUAAAAACUACGUAAAUAAAAGUGAAGCGAUUGCAAUAAUCACUGCUAUUGAA